CCCGCGGUGCACUCUGGGCUGGCAGCGAUGGCGGCGCUCAGCGCGGGCCGGGCGGCGGCGGCGGGGCUCCUGCGUGCCCAGAGCCUCGGGGCAUGGCGGGCGCUGGGCACCUCGGCCACCCUCCUGCAGCAGGCACAGGCCAAGUGCCACAGGGCGGAGGGGACAUUCCAGGUGACAAUGCUGCCGGGGGACGGCGUGGGCCCGGAGCUCAUGCACGCUGUCAAGGAGGUCUUCAAGGCUGGCAAUGUCCCCGUGAUCUUUGACGAGCACCACCUGAGCGAGGUGCAGAACACGGCGUCCGAGGAGAAGCUGGACCGGGUGGUGGACUCCAUGAAGGAGAGCAAGGUGGCCCUCAUUGGGAAGAUCCACACGCCCAUGGAGUACAAGGGAGACCUGGCGUCCUACGACAUGAGGCUCAGGAGGAAGCUGGACCUGUUUGCCAACGUGGUGCACGUGAAGAGCCUCUCGGGCUACCAGACCCGCCACAACAACCUGGACCUGGUGAUCAUCCGGGAGCAGACCGAGGGCGAGUACAGCUCCCUGGAGCACGAGAGUGCCAAGGGGGUGAUCGAGUGCCUCAAGAUCAUCACCAGGGCCAAGUCCCAGCGCAUCGCCAAGUUCGCCUUCGACUACGCCACCAAGAAGGGCCGGGCCAAGGUGACAGCUGUGCACAAGGCCAACAUCAUGAAGCUGGGGGAUGGGCUGUUCCUGCAGUGCUGUAAGGAGGUGGCCGAGCUGUACCCCAAGAUCAAAUUCGACACCAUGAUCAUCGACAACUGCUGCAUGCAGCUGGUGCAGAACCCGUACCAGUUUGAUGUCCUGGUGAUGCCCAACCUGUACGGGAACAUCGUGGACAACCUGGCGGCGGGGCUGGUGGGCGGCGCGGGCGUCGUGCCCGGCGAGAGCUACAGCGCCGAGUACGCCGUCUUCGAGAUGGGAGCCCGGCACCCCUUCGCCCAGGCCGUGGGCAGGAACAUCGCCAACCCCACGGCCAUGCUGCUCUCGGCCUCCAACAUGCUGCGGCACCUCAACCUGGAAUACCACUCCAACAUGAUCUCGGACGCGGUGAAGAAGGUGAUCAAAGGUGGAAAAGUCCGGACCCGGGACCUGGGCGGUUACUCCACCACCUCCGACUUCGUCAAGUCCGUCAUUGACAACCUGCACCCCAACUAUGGGGCUUAGGGCCCCCUGCACCCCAACUAUGGGGCUCAGGCCCCCCAGCAGCUCCCCCUGCACCCCAA